AAAAUAAAAGAGUAUAUAUUGGAUAAUUCUAGAAAUUACUUAAAACCUCAAUCGUCUCCUAGUGAUGAAAGUUUUCAAAUUUUUACAAUCUGCCUAUUGACUCGUGGCUGAAGGUUACCUGCUUUACUUCUUGAAAAUAAGAAUUCGUCGAUAAAUGAGUGGGUCUUUAUCUAGCGGUCUGAACGCCAAACACAAUUUCGGAACAGAGGUCUUGCUGAAUAGACUUUUAAAUUGCUGUCUUUUAAGGUACAGGAAAUGUAUUUUCCCUUAUUAUAAUUGAAUGCACCUGAUUAAUUGAAUACCGACACAACAACAUCAUUUUGAUAAACGGGUAUCAUAUAUAAAAUUGCCAUGUGAAGCAAGAUCUUGGCGGUUACAUAAACGAAAAUUAAUAAAAAGGCAAAAAACCCUUAUUUAGUUGUUUUGAGUGGUACUAUCUUGGAUGUUUUUGGGCGUACAAACGCUCUCAAAAUCAGAGAUGUGUUUUUAGGAGGAAUUUUUCUGGACAUUGUGCAGGGAAGAAAAAUGGAAACAAAUAUUCCAGGUUUCCUUGCUAGAGCUAAAAGGAUUCAGUCAUAGUUUGGUUUCUCUCCCGUCCUUCAUAAAAAUCAAAGUGCCUGCUCUUCAUCCCAUUCAUAUCUAUGGCUUGCAGCAUGCAAAAUAUCAAAAAAUUUGUUGAUUGCAAGGAUUUGUCAUGCCUGUCAACACUGCAUCAGAAACAAAGACAAAAAUUAACGGAAAAUGCAAAAGCAAAUAACAAAGCAAACAAAAGCAACUGCAAUCAUUUGCUGUCACGGUACCAAAAUAUCGUCAAGGGGAGGUAUGAUGCCGGAGUUUUUCAGUUUCAGGUAGAAAACAGGCAAAUUAUCUGCAACUGAUAGGCUCAAAUUGCUAAGACAAAUUGCUAGUGGCAAUGUAUUGCUAAAAAAUGGAUCUCUGGUUGUAUACUGCUUUGUUCCUACUUAGACAAGUGUGUUUUAUUCAAUACGGAAGCUGUGGAGAAGUGCAUGUCGCUCUUCCUGCCUUCCCCACGUGGAAAAUGAUUCCAAGUGGAUCUGGUGCUGUAAACAAGUGGCGCUAUUCUGGGAGUGCCUAUGAAGCAUGCUCGAUGAAUGAUGGGGUCACUGAUGGAUAUCUUAUCAUACCAUUUAUUAAAACCCAUCCUGCAAAUCAAGUGAAAGUUGAAAUCGGGUUUGCAAUGAGAAACUGCGCUCUUUUGGAUAGCAACUGCAAACUGUUCUUCGAUGUAUAUGGACUGGUGUCGCAGAAGCUAGACAUUGAUGUUCCGACUCCUGCAAAAUAUAAAUAUAAUUACAUAGGCAUUGCCAAGAAUACAACUACCUUAGGCUAUAAGUUGCAGACAUAUACAGUAACGUUUCAAGUUCAAAUGCAAAACAAAGCAGGAUUGUACCUGGCAAUGAGAGACCUUGGUUUCUGUGGUAUGAUUUACAGGGUUGAUGUCAGUUAUAUGACUUGUUUAACAGAAAUAUAUGGCAAGCUGGUGAAAUUUCCUUUUACGGUUGCCCCUAAUUCAACAACGGCUGAGAUCGAGAUACCUGGAGAGUGCAUACAGAAUGCUAUUCAAAAACUCCCUGGUUCGAGCAUCAAACUGCUUUGCCGUUGGACUGGUGCUGUUCACACUAACGAAGAAUGUAUUUGCCGAGCAGGGUAUGAGAAAUUUGGGAAGAAAUGUGAUGAAUGCUUGCUUGGCUAUUUCAAAACAAAAGCUGGCAAUCAAGGUUGUGGAAGGUGUGGAGAAAAUUCUAUCAGUAUCAAGCCAGCAGUGAAAUGUCCUUGUGAACAAGCCCAUUACCGGUUAGGACACAGAGAACUUGAUUACAAUGCAGACUGUCAUGCCUUGCCGUCAGCUCCUGUUGAUGUGAAGAUUGAUGGCCUAAGCAACACCUCGGGAAUCAUAACAUGGAAAAAGCCGGUGGAUCCAGGAGAACUUGAUCUGUGGUACUCUUUAUCUUGCGUUGGCAAUCAAAUAGACUGUAUUCCAAUACAAUAUCAGCCAUCUACCAAGACAUUCAAUGUAACGUCUGUCCAGCUAAGAAAUUUAACUGCAUUUACACAAUAUGAAAUUGUUAUUUAUUCUGGAAACAAUGUUUCAGAGGUUGCAGGCAAAAGCAAGUGGUCGUUUGUUCGACUAAAGUUCAGAACAAAGCCAGGUGUGCCUUCUCCAGUCCGCCAUAUAACAGUCUCACAGAACCACAGCCAUCUUAAUCUUCAUUGGGACCCACCGAAGUUUAUAAGGGACGACAAUGUUACGUACGAAGCAAAGUGCAAUGCUACCAUGUCACGCUUUAGCCAUUUGCCACAAGUUUCGUUUGAAGUCAAAGUUGCUGGGAACAUUACAUGCAAGAUCAGGCCCAAAAAUUCUGUUGGUACUGGUCCUUGGCUAGAAACAAACAUAUAUUUUGCUAUUUCAAAAUCAACAACAUCAACUGCGAAGCCAACAACGCAUUCUACAAAGAAAGUACAUACUUCCACGACCUCACAUUCAUCGUCAAUUUCACAUUCUUUCACGACGUCAAAGCCGAUGAUUUCAAAAUCCACUCUAAACAGCACAAGUAGUGAUAGGAGCAAUAAUGAAGUGACAUUCAUUUUGGCUGGGGCAGUUGCCCUGGUUGUCCUUAUUGCGGGGAUAUUUUUGAUAAGAUACGUUGUCAAAAAACGUAAAAGGGGUUCAUCUGCUGAUGACGUCACUGUCAGAUGGAGAAGAGGGAGCAGAGCAAACUCGUAUGGUCGUCUCAGUGCGAAUAAAACGGCACUCUCCGAUGAAAGACACAAGAAACAAAAUGCAAUCUACAACGGUGGCAUCAAAUUAGACGAGGAAGCUGAACCUGUGUACUUGGAGAUUCCAGAUGACGAGUAUGAAUUUUCAAUGGAUAAAAUAACAAUAUUGAAAACCCUUGGUGAGGGUGAAUUUGGCAUAGUUUACCUCGCUAAUGCCUUAGAAAUCUGUGGAAAUAAAGGCACAUCUCAAGUUGCGGUCAAAGUUUUGAAAGAUUGCGCAACAGAAAAGAGCAGAGAUGAUUUCAAAACGGAGUUAGGGAUAAUGAAAAAGUUGAAAUUUCACCAAAACGUAGUUCGACUCCUUGGGUGCUGCACUGCUGAAGGCACGCAAAGCAUCAUUUUGGAAUUCUUACGUCAGGGUAGCUUGCUUGAUUUUCUUAGAAAAUUACGUGGGUAUGAUGGGACUGCUGGGUGUGUCCUUCAUUCGACAUCGCUCAGCCCAAGACAGUUGAUUGACUUCGCAUACAUGGUUGCUGAUGGCAUGAGUCAUAUAGCUUCUCAAAACGUCGUACAUCGAGAUUUGGCUUGUAGAAAUAUUCUUGUUGGCACACACCAAGGAAAGUUCGUAUGCAAAAUAUCAGAUCUGGGGCUUGCAAGGGAACCAUGUGAGGCCUCUGGAAUUUAUCAGCGAGAAAAGCAGGCGUUGCUGCCAAUCAAAUGGAUGGCUUAUGAAUCUCUGUUUCACGGAGUCUCCUCCUUCAGAAGUGAUGUAUGGUCAUUUGGCAUCGUUCUCUAUGAGAUCACAACAAUUGGCAAUGUCCCCUAUCCAGAACACAAAGCAAAGGAAGUACCAGCUUUAAUUGAAAAAGGCUUCAGAAUGGAGAGACCGUUACACUGUUCUGCAGAGCUAUAUAGUAUAAUGACCUCAUGUUGGCAAAAAGAAGAAAGUCGACGACCUUCUUUCGAAGAGCUGCGAUGCAUGCUAAAGACACUUUUGGAAGAGGAUGACCAUAUCUACUUGAAUCUCGACAAAUUCAACGACGCCCUGUAUGUUAGAUUCGAUGCGGAGGAGGCCGAUGAAAACAACAGAAUUUAGUACAUGCAUACAUUUUGUUCGUUAUUAAAUGUCUCUUCAGCUUUGUUCACGAGUUUCUUCAUUGUAUUUUUGAUUUUACUCCUUGAUUUUACGCAACCAUACGACACAUAAUGUUAUUUUAGUGUGUUUAAUACAUUGCUAUAAUGUACGCUUUUAGUGUAACAAAACUGUUCUAAGUUGCUACUCCUUGCCUAUCCGGUAUCGAUCCACUUUAUGACAGAUCCGGCACGUUAUCGGCAUCGAGCACUUUAUGACAGGGGUUUUUUUUGGCGCGAACGAGAGUUCGACAUGGAAUGUCCUGUAUGUCCAUUUCCAAGACCUUGGCCAGAGAACAAUCAACUAAGCAUUUCACACCGUAGGGAAUUCUUGACAAUAGAAACAAAUCCCAAAUGUCUUUCGCUCAAACUCAUUGAUUACAACAACAACAACAACUACAACGCCAGUUUCCCGCCAUCUUUCUAGCAAACACAGUACCGUUUGAAAGCUGGCCUAGUUUUAGGAAGAACUUGAUAAGGCAUUUUCAUUGCUUUUUAACACUGAAUACCAAAAGCAUGGAUGAUUUCGUAAAUUUCACUACACCAGUUGCAAAGAGGAUAGCUAUCAUUUAUUACUACACUGAGAAAAACAUGUUUCUUCGACUUGGAACGCAAGGUUACUUUGAGAAAAAAAGAGAGAAACAACCAAGAACAAACCUCAUCAAGAAAGAGCUUCCAUGAUUUCUCAUCGAUUGUUUUGCAGCUAUCAUGCUGCAAGCUGACAUUGUAUACUUCACAGUUUUCUUUGCUAUGAUCCGAUUUUUCUUUAAAGUUAAGAAUACUGCAUUUUUCCAGCCGAAGACAGCGAUGAAAACAUUGCUGCACAUUUACAACAGUGGCAAUUUUUUGAUGGACUUGGGAACAGGCAAUUCUCUUGUUCUGAAAUUGCCUCUUUUACAAAUCAUUUCUCAGACGCGACCCCAUGGAAAAUUAAAAUUGCAAUUACCAACACGUUUUCUUCCAUUUUGAACUACUUUUAACACAAAGCAAUGUAAUUAUAUCUUUAAUUAAGAUCAUAAGAAAUGGCUAUGGAAAGAAAACACCCUCAACUCUCUACCAUCUCCCACUGUUUGUGUACCCAAAUAUUAGCAUAAUAUCAUCUUAAUCAAUAAAGAUGAAGCUCUACCCAGCAGGUCGCUUACCUCGUAUGAAAAUGCAUGGAAGAAGCUAGGGCAUACACAGCAUUAGCUUGCGAUCAUGACGGAGCAAUGGUCAAGACGCUGCUUACCCAUAAGGAAAACAGAAAACAAGAGGAAAGAACGAGACUGGAAAAUGCAGAAAUGUGGUUUUGGAGGAGAAUGAAGAAGAUCAGUUGUACAGAAAGAGUGACAAAUGAGGAAGAACUGCGAAGAACUGAAGAGAAAAGAACCUUGAUCUCCACCAUAUAUAACCGGCAGACGAAGUGGAUCGGUCACAGUGUGAGACACCAGGGAAUUUUUAGGGAUGUCAUCGAAGGGAGAUUAAACGGCAAAAGGAGCAGAGGAAAAAAAGACUGACACUGUUCGGUCAUUGGCGUAGGAAGGAUAACUGCAGAACAGAAAAAUAUGGAGAUGACGUUGAACCUGCUUUAUGGCAGACAGCGAAAGAGAAAAGAGCAGGAAUGUUUUU